AACUAACAGUGAUUAAUAGAUCCAACAAUGCUAAGAACAAGGUUGUUACAAACAACCAAACGAACAUAUUCUAAAUUCCUGUUUACAUCUAAUGAGCCACAACGUCACGUAUUCGAACAGGAGAAGUUAACUCCAGAACAGAACCGAGCAGCCAUACCCACCAAACCCACUUUUGACUCCAUACCUAGACGCCAUUUAGAGAUUAUAAACCCGGAAGAUGUGUCUGAUUUAGUCACUGAGUUGACCCAAGAUGAUGUCUUAGUCACAGUAUUGUCGAAACAAAAGUAUUUGUAUGGUGAUAAGAAUCAUAUCGUGUAUGACAAGCAAGGCGCAAGGAGUGUGCAAUUACCAUUUGCAAAUGUUGGGUUAAGUUGGGUUAAUCUCUUUAACAAACAAGUAGGAAAGCUUGAUGAGUUGAAGGAUGAGCAGACUAUUUAUAGCAGUUUACCUAAGAGCAUUGUGAAAAAGUUGGAUAAUGUGGAUACUUCCGAUAUAAAAAAAGUGUUUGAAAUAACCAAUGCAAAGGAAAACUCGCAAAUGAAAGUUGGUGGGAAAUUGACGCCGAUGGAAUUGCUUAAUUGUAUAACUAUUGAAAGAUUGACAUUGUAUUUACUCGAUAAGCCUAUAAACUUAUCUGACUUGAUAACUUAUGUUGACGAAACCUCAAACUAUUGCACCACAAAGGAAUUGACUAUAAUAUUGAGCAAAAUGUUUGAUGCGCUUGCAAACUCAGAUAAAACAGCCGAGCUGAACUUUGUCAAAUUUAUAAUAAAGUGCAUUGAUACUCAAUUUGAAUCAAUCAAACCACUUGCUUCUUCUCAAUUAGAUCAAUUGGUACACAUAUUAGCUAAAGCAGGACAUAUCCCUCAAGCAUUAACCAUAUUGCGCCAACUAGUGGAAUCCAAGAAAUGCCCAUCAGAGCAGACAUUAAAUGAAAUCCUUGCACAUUUUAAAGAUUCAAAUCAAACAGACAUUAUUCAACAAUUGGGGUUUUUGAAACUGGUGUUUUUCGCUACCAAAUUGACUGGUAAUAAAUUUGAACUUUUAUUGAGAUCAGUUCAAGAUAUCCAUGACUUGAACAAAUUGUUGGUGUUGGCACAGUCAUAUCCUGAUAUAAUUGAACAAUACCAAACUAAUUUGUUAUCUACGUUGUUAGCUGUGAACAAACAAUACCCUGACCAUGAACGAAGAUUACAAUUGACUCAAUUUAUCAGAAACCUUAAAAACAAGGGAGUCAAACUUAACGGAAAGUUUAUUGAAGUUUCCAAACACGAGUACGUCAAUCUUGGGGAUAACAUCAACGGCAAUAACUUAUAGAGUGUAUAUUAUCUUGUAUGUAGACUAUCUAGAGAAUAUUCUUCACUAGUAUGACUCUGUCGUAUAUCAUGAUUAUUCCUGGUGUAAAACCCGUCAGUAACUACAUAAAACCCAUCGUCACUUGCAUUAUCAUUAUAGAAUCUGUCAAUCACAUUCUUUCUCAUCAUUCUCAUAUCAUCAUUGGCGUGAUAUGUUUGUUCAUCAUUCUCGAAAAACCGUCGAGACACAAUGGUUCUUUUAAUAAAACAUAACAUUGUUGUGAUUAAAACCAUCAGAACUAUCGGUAUCAAUUGCAACCAACCUAAAUAACUUAGGUUAGGUGUGAAUAGCAAGAGAUCAACGAGAAACCCUAGCAAGUUUGUUAAAAACGAAAAUAAAGUGGAGAUUAACAUCAAGUUAAUGCCCGCAUUUGACCGUCUGGCUUGAUUCUUCCUCUUGCGAUAUACUUGUAACAUAAUUAAUCCAGAUAUAAUAAUUAUUAACAUAGACGUAAAGGAAAAUGCCAUUACGUGAACAACCAACAAUUUGGAAAUAGUAUAGGUGACACUAGAAGGAAGCACCACUCCCGCACUAGUACUCUCACCCACAUCCCCAGUCAAGGAAUAAAAUGUGCUAUUAACAGAAGGAUAUCCUAUUCUAGGAUUUGAACAGAUAUUAUUUUGACAUAUUCCAAAUACCCCAUAAGUAAAGUUUUGGUACUUGGAUAAAUAAAUAUUGGUAGUGGUCGGGGUUAUGGGCACUGAGAUAACCGGUAGUAGUUGGAUGAUCCAACAUAUUAGUGAUAGACACAAGAGUAUCAAUAGGGGUUUAAGCAUAUUCCGGUCACCUCAUCUAUGGGAUCUGCUACUAGCUAUCUUGUCAUAAAAGUCUGUAGUG